CCGGGCGGCGCACUGUCCGCUCCUGCUGAUGCAACGGGACAACGGUGACCGUCACACCGGGGACAACAGGAAGUUUUUUACCGGGAGGCCGUCGGUCGGAAAGUCCCAGAGGUCGUUUGUUUGACAGUAUGCCAGGUUUGUGAAUCGAGGACAUUGGUGGUUACCAUGAGCAGCUCCAGAGGGACUCCCAGUUCCUGUGCUCAGACCAGAGGAUGGACACUGAGCUGGUUGACAGACUGGUGCUGCAGCUCAACAGGAUCUACCCCCAGAUACUCAGUGACAAGGAAGCCCACAGGUUCAGGAACCUGAGCGUACCCACCAAGGUGCGAUUAGCUGAGCUGCUGAAUCACCUGCACGGGAAGGGCGACGAGGCAUGUCAUGAAUUCUACAGAGGACUUCACAUCCACGCUGAGCACGUCUACUCCAGCCUGCCCUCCAGAGUCAGACAAAGAGAGAUGACGGACCCAAAAUUGACUAACAAUGUGGCAGCCCACCCAGAGAAACAUGUGCUCAAUGACAGAGGACCAAUGUUCUUCCUGAGCUGUUUCAGUUUUGCACUUGGUAUUGCAAUGCUCUACUAUUACGGAGAGGGUGAGACAUUGAGAUGUACUGGCCCGUUUCUUCACUGCUCUGCAGCAAGACUUAGUAAAGGUGCUAAAGAUGUUUUAAUUUCCUAUGCUGAGGUUGGAAAGCAGAAUAAUUGAGGCCAUAAAGGUGCUGAAACGCUCAUGAAGUAGCCCUGCCUAAACUUCCCUCGGGAUCACUAAAGUUUCUAUCUAUCUAUCUUUCAUCUGUGAGAAGAACAAGCCAUGAAAUUUGCCAUUUUGCGGUGCCAAACUCAUACAUACUUUGAGAGCUAUAAAGUUGUUUUUCCUGAAAUUGCAUGUAUUUGUAAGCACUAAUUGACUUGUUUUUUUUAAUCCCAUAAUUCCCAUAGCUAACAUCUCUUUAUAUGAGGAAAAAACAUAAUGUUCUCUCAUAGUACUUUUACGUACUGUAUGAGUCUUGCCUGGAUUUAUUGUGUAUACAGAGAAAAUUUCAGCCACAUUUUCUGCUAAAAUGAACCGUAAUAUUAACAGAGUGAUGAAAUGAAUCUCACUUUGAAUGACAUUUAAAGGCUUUGUUCACCCACACAGGUGUGAUCAAUAACUCAGGCUGAUUAGACCUCUGCUCAGGUUGAAGUUGGGUACACCUGUAUGAGUAGACUACUGGUUUGCAGUGGCUUUAACAAAAAAACUUGAGUUUGUCAGUGUAUUGUAUGAACCACCCUACCCUCAUAAUUGCAUGCUCAUCCACUCUAAGUGCCUUCAAAUACUGUGAUGAAGAUACUUGAACAUCUACUGACUAAAGUGCACUAUAACAACUUUUGCUCAAAUAAAGCACAAAUUAACAUCA